AAUUUAUCGUUAGUGGAGUCGCUCGUGUAAUGUUUUCACAAGCAUACGUCAUUGUUGGAUUUAAAUUUUAUCAAGCAGAUAAGGCCAGGAAUUCAAGAUACUACAACUAAUUACCUGGCUGUGGCAUAUUGUCGCCAACCUUAUACUAAACUAUACCUACACCACAAUAAAAACUGAAAAAUCGCUCACACACUAAUCAGCGUACGAAUUAUGAAGAGUAAAGUAGGGGCAACAAACUGAUAUCGGCUUGGCUACCUGCUAGUUUUUGAUAAGACCCUCAGUUCACCGAAAGAGCUCAACCUAAACGUUUAAUUUUCUAGUUUUUCAGAAACGCAGUGCCAUUUAUUUCCAUUAAUGCGGUUGGCGUGCGGACGGUAAACUGUUGAAAAGUAUGAUAUGUGACAAUUUUCUUUGUGACAGUGCUUAGUUGUGAAAGUGGCGGCAGUAGUGGAGAAUAUAAUGUGGGGGUCAUCUGGACAGCCCAAGAACAAUAUCUUGAGACACCCUUCGAUAGAGUCCAAGGGAUUUUUGGGGGGUAAUAAAAAGUGGAACACGCGACCCGCCUCUUGGGCAGCGCCAAACAAUGUCAGCAUUUUCCCUGAGAGGAAUGGGCCUGCCAGAAGUAAUACUUUCUCCUCUAAGGUCGAUCCGGAGCUGAUUUUUACGAAACAAGAACGUAUUGGGAAAGGUUCCUUUGGGGAAGUCUUUAAGGGUAUCGAUAACAGAACAACACAGGUUGUAGCUAUUAAGAUUAUCGAUUUGGAAGAGGCGGAAGAUGAAAUCGAGGACAUUCAACAGGAAAUUAUGGUGUUAUCGCAGUGCGAUAGCCCGUACGUCACGAAAUAUUACGGAUCGUACCUUAAGGGCACAAAAUUAUGGAUUAUUAUGGAAUACCUCGGGGGAGGUUCAGCAUUAGAUCUGAUGAAAGCCGGAAAUUUCGAGGAAAUGCAUAUAGCAAUUAUUCUUAGGGAGGUGCUGAAAGGCCUGGAUUACCUUCAUAGCGAGCGUAAAUUGCAUAGGGACAUAAAGGCCGCCAAUGUAUUGCUGAGUGAGAUGGGAGACGUCAAACUUGCUGAUUUUGGUGUUGCUGGUCAGCUGACAAACACGACGAGUAAGAGGAACACAUUUGUUGGUACCCCCUUUUGGAUGGCUCCCGAAGUUAUAAAACAGUCUGCUUAUGACUCAAAAGCAGAUAUCUGGAGCUUAGGAAUUACUGCAAUCGAAUUAGCUAAAGGAGAACCCCCUAACUCUGAGCUGCAUCCUAUGAGAGUGUUGUUUUUAAUUCCAAAAAAUAAUCCCCCACAGUUAACAGGAAGCUACAGUAAGCAAUUUAAGGAUUUUGUCGAGGCUUGUCUGAAUAAAGACCCUGAGAAUAGACCUACAGCCAAAGAACUGCUCAAGUAUCCAUUUAUUAGGAAAGCGAAGAAAAACUCUUAUUUAAUCGACCUCAUAGAUAGAUAUAAGAAAUGGCGAUGUACUCGGAAUGAAGAAAGUGAAACAGAAUCUGAAAACUCUGAUUCAGAAGAGCCUAAACAAGAUAAUGAUUUAGACGAUCCAUGGAUAAUGACGGUAAAGGGUAACAUGAAAUUACCUCCAGAAGAAUUACCAACUCCUAAUCAUAAAAAUACAAAUAAAGUACAAAAUGGUUCAGGACCUAUGUUAGCGAAAUCUCCACCUAAAGAUUCCAACCUCAAUCAUUAUAGACCGGAAAAAGCAACACCAUCUUCGAAAUCUCAGGCAGGAGUACAAUCUCCUUCUGAUAAUAGAAAGGAACGGGAGCGGGAUAGAGACAGGGAAAUAGAGAGAGAACGGGAUAGAGAAAGGGAACGUGAUUCAAAAGAAAGGGAAAAGAGGAUAUCGAGAGAAUUGAGCCCUCUUGAUCACCGAGGGGAUAGUGACGUCGAGAAAAAAUCAAAUCGAAGAUCAAUGUCUAGGGAACAUUCAAACUCAAGUGGCAAAAUUGAAAGUAGGUCUCCAACUCUUUCUGGAUUUAUAUAUCCGUUAAUAACAGAGUUACAGAGAAAGCAUCACUAUAACGGUAGGGCUGCAGAUAGUGCGCAUAAGUCUAAUGAUGCCGUCGAGGAACUGAAAAAUGCUUUUGAAAUUGCUGAGAGGACGAGUCCUGGUAUUAGUGAAAUGUUUAUCUGUGAACUAGUUCAGAAGCUAGUGCCAUCAAUUACGGAUCAAAGGCUUAAAGGUGUUUUAGAUAAAGUUACAAGAGAUACUUCGUAGAACUGUGGAAACCAAGAGGUUAAUAGGAACUAAUAGAAUUUAGAAAAGGAAGUUAACAGUUGUUAGAUUUAAACUAAAUUUUGUCCCACAUGUUACUACUUACUGAUUACAUGACAAUAUCUUAUAUCUCUUGAGCUUAAUAUAUAGCACUGGUAGAUCUAAGGAUUUCCAAAAAGCAUUUGAAUUGUUCAAAUUUUCAACCGCACCCUGCAUGCUAACUUACUCAUUCGUAAUGGUUGAAUUUUCAAAUUUCCCUCACAUUUUUUGUGAGUCAUUUUAAAAACUAUUAAUUAUUAUUGCCAAGUCCUGCGGGAUGUUGUAUAUAUGUAUAUCUAGAUUGAAGUAUAUUAUAUCUUUAAGAUCAUAUUUUCUCUUGCAAUGUAUUUUUUUAGAUGUGUAUAUACGUAUUAUGAAUAUAUAAUUAUACUGUC